AUGAUCAUGAAAGCGAUUAUCACAUCUUUUGUCGCCUGCCAGCCGCUGCUCGUUCUUAGCGCGAGCAUCAACGCAAGUUCGGACGCAAACACGCUCGAGCGUCGUCACUUUGGCAGCUACAAGUGGUCCAACUUCGAGAUCGAGAAGAAGGAAAAUCGUCUGUACACCGUCAAGCCUACCGGCCUCGUCGCUGGCGGCAUCUACGAGCCUCCCUCCGGUAGCGGAUACCAGCAAGUCAACGCCAGAUUCUUUCUCCACGGAGAUCACUUCAAGGUCGUCCUUCGAAUCCAGAUUGCCGGUUAA